CUUCCCUAUCCCAACCCUUAGAACUACCACUGUCUGCCGCCUUGUGCUUGUAGAACAGGAAAAUGAAGGGCAUGCUGAAAGAUCCUUCCAAGAAAUACCGUCGAUUCAAGCCAUUGAAGCUCGAGAACCGACAAUGGCCUACCAAGACCCUCGACAAGGUGCCGCGAUGGCUGGCAACAGAUUUGCGCGAUGGCAACCAGUCGCUGGUUGACCCGAUGGACGGCGAGCAGAAGUGGCGAUAUUUUCAGAUGCUGCAGAAGCUUGGCUACAAGGAGAUUGAGAUCUCAUAUCCCUCGUCGGGAGAUACAGACUACGACUUUACACGGAAACUCGUGACAACCCCAGGCGCAGUGGACGAUGAUGUGUGGCUGCAGGUUCUGUCGCCGUGUCGAAAGGAGUUGAUCAGGCGGACUAUCGACAGUCUGAAGGGCGCAAAGAAGGCCAUUCUGCACCUUUACGUGGCCACAAGCCCAUGCUUCCAGCAGAUCGUGUUUGGCAUGAACAAUGAGCAGCAAAUUGAGCUGGCUGUGGAGUGCACUAAGUAUGCUCGAUCUAUUACAAAGGACGAUCCGAGCACUGCAGGCACGGAAUGGGCAUAUGAGUUCUCGCCAGAGACUUUCUCUGAUUCUGAUCCAGAAUACGUGAUCCAGAUCUGCGAGGCUGUCAAGGCGGCGUGGGAGCCCUCGAAGGAAAAUCCAAUCAUUUUCAAUCUGCCUGCAACAGUCGAAAUGAGCACACCGAACGUGUACGCCGACCAAAUCGAAUACUUCCACACCCACAUCUCCGAGCGUGAAAAAGUCGCCAUAUCUCUGCACCCGCACAACGACAGAGGUUGCGCGGUUGCUGCCGCAGAAUUGGCACAGAUGGCUGGCGCAGACAGAGUUGAAGGCACUCUCUUCGGCAACGGCGAGCGAACAGGAAAUGUCGACCUUGUGACUUUGGCUUUGAACCUAUACACUCAGGGCAUUCAUCCUGGAAUCGAUUUCUCCGACAUCAAUAGCGUGAUCGACAUUGUGGAGAAGAGCAAUAAGAUACCGGUACAUCAGCGUGCGCCAUACGGUGGGUCUCUGGUCACAUGCGCUUUCUCCGGCUCGCAUCAAGAUGCUAUCAAGAAGGGCUUCAACCUUAGAGACAAACAAAAAGCUGGUCAUGAAGACCCGUGGGUCAUGCCUUACCUCCCGCUGGACCCACAGGAUAUCGGUAGAACUUAUGAGGCUGUCAUUCGAGUCAACAGCCAAUCCGGGAAAGGCGGCGUUGCCUGGAUCAUCAAGCGAACACUUGAGCUCGAUUUGCCUCGCGGUCUACAGGUCGCUUUUUCCAAGAUCGUUCAGCGAGAGACAGACAUGCUUGGACGCGAGCUUUUGGCGAACGAGAUUAAAGAUCUGUUUGCGGAAGCGUACCAUCUCAACAGAAAUCCACGCUUUGGCUUGGUAGAUUACGAUAUCACGACAGAUCGUUCAUCUUCUCCUGCUCCACCUGAGAAGGGCAAGACCGCCUCGAAUCGCAACCUCCGCAGGAAAUUCAUGGGUGUGAUCGAGAUCGAUGGACACGAGCACAGAGUGCAGGGUGUCGGAAACGGUGCUCUCUCUGCUUUGGCCAAUGCCUUGAAAGGUCUGGGUAUUGACCUGGACGUCGUAGAUUACAAGGAGCAUGCCAUCGAGCGCCAGAUUGGAAAGCGAGUCGACACCCAGGCUGCAACCUACAUAGAGUGUACAGCCGCCGGUGCUGCGCAGAAAGUCUGGGGCGUCGGAAUUCAUGAGGACGUGGUGCAAAGCUCUUUGAUAGCAUUACUGGGUGCAGCAUCUUCGUUCCUCGCAUCGAGACCCGGCACGCCAGUCACAUUCAAGCCCAAACGAUCGAACACGGAGCACCUUGAGGUUGGGCCUGACCUCAAACAGGAGCAACGCGCGUUGGAUGGAGCGCCAGAAAGUGCUCCUGAUGCAUCAAGUAAGAUUGUUGCGGGUCUGGAGAACCAGGUCAAUGGCAGCUAGGCGAUGGCAGGCUGAAGACCAUCUCGAAAUAUGUAUUGCAUUGAGGAGCAUGUAAUCAGAUCGGCGUUCGUCAGCGGACAGGAAAAGUUUGAGAUACCUGUUGGAGCAACCGAAGUGCAUUUGCAUUCUCACGGAAGCAAGAUCGCUCCAUAUCCAUACUUUGCUCUCC